GGCUUAGCCUGCCGUCCCUGACUCUGGCUCCCCUUCCCCCAGCACAGUUGUGAGUGCUCAGUGGACCCUGACAGGCCGCCACCACAGUUGGGCCACGUGGUCCUCUCCCCAGUCUGGUUCCUGUAUAGCCUGUUCAUGAAGCUGUUCCAGCGCUCCACCCCAGCCAUCACCCUCGAGAACCCGGACAUCAAGUACCCGCUGCGGCUGAUUGACAAGGAGGUCAUCAGCCAUGAUACCCGCCGGUUCCGCUUUGCUCUGCCAUCGCCCCAGCACAUCCUGGGCCUCCCCGUCGGCCAGCACAUCUACCUCUCGGCUCGAAUCGAUGGGAACCUAGUCAUUCGGCCCUACACGCCCGUCUCCAGCGAUGACGACAAGGGCUUUGUGGACCUAGUCAUCAAGGUUUACUUCAAAGACACCCACCCCAAGUUUCCCGCUGGAGGGAAGAUGUCUCAGUACCUGGAAAGCAUGAAGAUUGGAGACACCGUUGAGUUCCGAGGCCCAAAUGGGCUGCUGGUCUACCAGGGCAAAGGAAAGUUUGCCAUCCGUCCGGACAAGAAAUCCAACCCUGUCAUCACAACGGUGAAGUCUGUGGGCAUGAUUGCAGGAGGAACGGGAAUCACCCCAAUGCUGCAGGUGAUCCGUGCCAUCAUGAAGGACCCGGAUGAUCAGACCGUGUGCCAUCUGGUCUUUGCCAACCAGACUGAGAAGGAUAUCCUGCUGCGGCCCGAGCUGGAGGAACUGAGGAACGAACAUUCUGCGCGCUUCAAGCUCUGGUACACGGUGGACAAAGCCCCUGAAGCCUGGGACUACAGCCAGGGCUUCGUGAACGAGGAGAUGAUCCGGGACCACCUUCCGCCGCCGGAGGAGGAGCCGCUGGUGCUGAUGUGCGGGCCCCCGCCCAUGAUCCAGUACGCCUGCCUGCCCAACCUGGACCGCGUGGGCCACCCCAAGGGGCGUUGCUUCACCUUCUGAUUGGCGGGCCCCGGCCACUGCCUCCGCCCCACACUCACUGCGCCCUGUCGCCCUGUCUGUACCCACCCCUCCU